AUGGCAGUCAUUCGCCCCAUGAACCCUCACCUGCUCGCCGCUGCAAAGAGAGACACCGGUGACAACAGCCGCUUUCGCUUCCUCUACGUAUGUACCCCUCUUUCCUCUGUGUCUUGCCGCCACUCUCGUUGCUUCACCAAUCCCCCACUGGUGGCGCUGCUGGCAAUGGCAGUCAUUCGCCCCAUGAACCCUCACCUGUUCGCUGCUGCAAGGAGAGGGACCGGGGACAACACCCGGUUUCGCUUCCUCUACGUGCGUAGGCCCCUUUCCUCUGUGCUUUCCGCCGCUCUGCUUCCUCUAUAUGUGUUGCACCUGCCUGUCAUGUCAUUCCCCCCACGGACGCACGCCUUCUCACUGCUGCAAGGAGAGGCACCGGGGACAACACCCGGUUUCGCUUCCUCAAUGUGCGUGUGUUGCUCCCGUGUCCCUCUGUGCCUUGCUGCUUCUCUGAUUGCCGGUCUAUGUGCUGUGGUGGGAGUGGGCCUAGCGCUCUACCUCAUGCUCGCAAUGACGCUGCAGGUAUGCUGUAGAGCCGUAAAACCCUUGCUCUGCUUCAUGCUCUGCCUCAUGCUCUGCCUCAUUCUCUGCUUCAUGCUCUGCUUCAUGCUCUGCUUCAUGCUCUGCUUCAUGCUCUGCCUCAUGCUCUGCCUCAUGCUCUGCCUCAUGCUCUGCUUCAUGCUCUGCCUCAUGCUCUGCCUCAUGCUCUGCUUCAUGCUCUGCCUCAUGCUCUGCCUCAUGCUCUGCCUCAUGCUCUGCCUCAUGCUCUGCCUCAUGCUCUGCCUCAUUCUCUGCUUCAUGCUCUGCUUCAUGCUCUGCUUCAUGCUCUGCUUCAUGCUCUGCCUCAUGCUCUGCCUCAUGCUCUGCCUCAUGCUCUGCCUCAUGCUCUGCCUCAUGCUCUGCUUCAUGCUCUGCCUCAUGCUCUGCUUCAUGCUCUGCUUCAUGCUCUGCCUCAUGCUCUGCUUCAUGCUCUGCCUCAUGCUCUGCCUCAUGCUCUGCCUCAUGCUCUGCCUCAUGCUCUGCCUCAUGCUCUGCCUCAUGCUCUGCCUCAUGCUCUGCCUCAUGCUCUGCUUCAUGCUCUGCCUCAUGCUCUGCCUCAUGCUCUGCUUCAUGCUCUGCCUCAUGCUCUGCUUCAUGCUCUGCCUCAUGCUCUGCCUCAUGCUCUGCUUCAUGCUCUGCCUCAUGCUCUGCCUCAUGCUCUGCCUCAUGCUCUGCUUCAUGCUCUGCCUCAUGCUCUGCCUCAUGCUCUGCCUCAUGCUCUGCCUCAUGCUCUGCUUCAUGCUCUGCCUCAUGCUCUGCCUCAUGCUCUGCCUCAUGCUCUGCCUCAUGCUCUGCUUCAUGCUCUGCCUCAUGCUCUGCCUCAUGCUCUGCCUCAUGCUCUGCCUCAUGCUCUGCCUCAUGCUCUGCCUCAUGCUCUGCCUCAUGCUCUGCCUCAUGCUCUGCCUCAUGCUCUGCCUCAUGCUCUGCCUCAUGCUCUGCCUCAUGCUCUGCCUCAUUCUCUGCUUCAUGCUCUGCUUCAUGCUCUGCUUCAUGCUCUGCCUCAUGCUCUGCCUCAUGCUCUGCCUCAUGCUCUGCCUCAUGCUCUACCUCAUGCUCUGCCUCAUGCUCUGCCUCAUGCUCUGCUUCAUGCUCUGCCUCAUGCUCUGCCUCAUGCUCUGCGUCAUGCUCUGCCUCAUGCUCUGCCUCAUGCUCUGCCUCAUGCUCUGCCUCAUUCUCUACCUUAUCCUCUGCCUCACGCCCUGCCUCAUGCUCGUACCAGCUUCCAUUCUGACAUACAUCUUUCAUAUUGAUGCCAUGUUCCGUAUAUUGUUUCUCAUACCCAUGCCCCACCCUAUGUCCCAACCAUUCCCUCCCCUUGCCCCACCCACGCAUAACCCAGGAGACCCUAUCCCUCUCUCGCCCCUAUCGCCUUGUUUCCAUGGCUGGAAUGGUGCUGCUGCUCGCCCUCCCCAUCUCCCUCCCGGUAUGCUGCUGCAUGCUGUUCCCCUCCCCUCAUCUGUACAGCCUUCUCCAUUUGUUCCCUCCAUCAGAAUCUCCAUUACUUUCCAUCUCCUCUCACCCGUUUUCUUCCCUUCCGGACUAUCCUUUCCGACUCCUCACUUCGUCUCCACCCGCCCCGGUGCGGGGCGUGCGAAUGAGCGGGCUGGUUCUGACAUGCCGCAUACAUUCGAUACAAGCACACCUGCUUCCGACAGGAUUGCAGGGUGGGCGAGUGAGAGAGUGGGUAGCCCAAGGGAGCGCGGGGGAGGAGGCUUGGGGCAGGCAGGCAGCAGCAGCGCGGUGGGAAGUGCCUUGGCAGGUGGUGUGGGGGGGACUGACAGUGGCAUUGGUGGGUGUGGGGAGGGCGGGAGGGAUGGGAAGAGCAUGGAGGGUGAGAGUAGGAGCAGCGGUGGUGGGGGAGUGUUGGAGGUGGGAAGGGGACAUCAAGUGAGUGCUCUUCGUGUGGGCAUGGAUCACACCCUGCUGCAGGCUGCUGUCACUCCCGAGUACUGGCUGCUGUUCUUUGCCAUGGGCUGUGGCACGGGGUCAGGGCUCACUGCCAUCAACAACCUGGCGCAGGUAAGUGUGGGGAUGGGUUCGGGGGCAAGGAAAGGAGCGGAAGAGGGAGAUAGUGAGGGGUGUGGGGGGAGGGAACGAUGGGAGGCAUGGGGUGCAGCACAGGACCCGGGCUCACUGCCAUCAGCAACCUGGCGCAGUGAAGGAGGGAAGAGGGGAGGGGUCAGAUGGGAUGGGAGGGGGGUACAGGUGGCGGAGUCCCUGGGCUCUGCGAGUGUGGGCGCCCUGGUUGCUCUUGUCAGCAUCUGGAACUUUUUAGGAAGGAUGGCGGCAGGCUACGUGUCGGAGCAGUGUUUAAAGCGCUGGUGCACGCCGCGGCCCCUCUGCAUGCUGCUCGUGCAGGCCACGAUGGGGUGCGCGCACCUGCUGUUCAGCAUUGGGGACCCUCUGCUGCUCUACCCGGCAGCAGCGCUGGUGGGGGCGGCACAUGGGGCGCACUGGACUCUCAUGGUCACCACUGCGUCUGAGCUCUUUGGGCUGAAACACUUCGGAGCAUUGUACAAUACACUCAGCAUAUCAUCCACAGUCGGCUCCUACUGCCUCUCGGUCAAGCUCGCUGGCUACAUCUACGACCGUCAAUCUGCGAUCCAACGAUCAGCCUUGCUCCACCUGCAAGGCCUCUCCUCGUCCGCCUCUCCCUCCCUCUCUCCACCCACAACCGCCACCAUUGCAAACUGGGGAGCUGAGGCAGAUGCAGCGAGUCAACAGGGGGCAGCACAGGCACAGCUACAGCUGGAGGCAUCAGAGCUGCCCCACCGGUGCAUGGGCCCAGACUGCUUCCGCCUCACCUUCCUCGUGAUGGCACUCGUGUGCGUCGCUGGAAUAUGUGCUCUUCUCAACCUGGUGGCUCGCACGAGACGGCUGUACCAGGUGAGGGGUGGCGAGUGA